GGCGGAGCUAUCUGUGCUAGAUUUCGUGGUCAACUAUACGCGAAACGUUCUAGGGGUAAGCUAGCAAUGAGCCCAAAACUAGGCCACCUUGUGAAAGUGACAGCGGUGGCCGAGAGACGGGCCAUCUCAUGGAAUGACCUAGAACCACACCAUUCAUGCGAUGAUGCCAACUGAAUGCCAAACGCCGUCGAGGCUGUCAUCGCCUCGCCUCCUCUCCUUAAUCUCUCAUUUCCCUAUCUAUAUGCCUCUUUGGCUCUAGCUCCACUCGUCCAUUUGCGACUCUUUCUGCUUCUGCCCAUGAUGCCAAAGCCAGAGAAAAAUUCAUCAAGCGAGCGAAUGAGAAAAGGGGCUCUGAAUUGCCUUCCUCCGUUAAUGGAAACUAAAUCCUCGGAAAACUCGAUGAUGCAACACUUAAGCCCUAUCGACAGAAGCUAGACGAAUGAAACCUGUAAACACACGAUUUCGAGUAUGGCAAUCUCUAUGAACUAAUUACUUGGGUAGCUUUGUCGAAGAGGUGCGCCCUAGUACUACAAUCGAUGACGCGGAGGCUCUCAAGCAUUUUGUCUACCUGCAGGCAGUUAGUACUGACGGCA